AUGAAUCUAUCCGAUUCAGAAGAGAAGAGCUUGCAUCAGUAUCUCAAUUUCAAUUCAAACGUGGGUUUGAUUCACACUCCAUGUUCUGAGAAAUAUUUACAGAGGAAAAAACGGAGUCUUUGCCUAAAAAAAUGCGUUGACAAAGGGCAGAUGGAUAGAACCUUUCAACGAGAUAGUGCUUUUUCAACUCUCUCAAAAUGGAAUCUAUUCCAAACAUAUAUGCCAUGGUUCUUUACUUCGACAGGGUACAAAUAUCUAAAUUUGAUAUUUUUAGAUAUUUUUUCAGACCUAUUGCGGAUACUAAGUAGCAGUCAAAAAUUUGUAUCCAUUUUUCAUGAUAUUAUGUAUGGAUUAGAUAUAUCAUGGCGAAUUCUUCAGAAAAAAUUGUGUCUUCCACAAAGGAAUCUGAUAAGUGAGAUUUCGAGUAAGUCUUUACAUAAUCUUCUUCUGUCCGAAGAAAUGAUUCAUCGAAAUAAUGAGUCAUCGUUGAUAUCGACACAUCUGAGAUCGCCAAAUGUUCGUGAGGUCCUCUAUUCAAUCCUUUUCCUUCUUCUUGUUGCUGGAUAUAUCGUUCGUACACAUCUUCUCUUUGUUUCCCGAGCCUAUAGUGAGUUACAGACAGAGUUCGAAAAGAUCAAAUCUUUGAUGAUUCCAUCAUACAUGAUUGAGUUGCGAAAACUUCUGGAUAGGUAUCCUACAUCUGAACAGAAUUCUUUCUGGUUAAAGAAUCUUUUUCUAGUUGCUCUGGAACAAUUAGGAGAUUGUCUAGAAGAAAUACGGGGUUCUGGCGGCAACAUGCUAUGGGGUGGUGAUCCCGCUUAUGGGGUCAAAUCAAUACGUUCUAAGAAGACAGAUUUGAAAAUAAACUUCAUCGAUAUCAUCGAUCUCAUAAGUAUCAUACCAAAUCCCAUCAAUCGAAUCACUUUUUCGAGAAAUACGAGACAUCUAAGUCAUACAAGUAAAGACAUCUAUUCAUUGAUAAGAAAAAGAAAAAACGUGAGCGGUGAUUGGAUUGAUGAUAAAAUAGAAUCCUGGGUCGCGAACAGUGAUUCGAUUGAUGAUAAAGAAAGAGAAUUCUUGGUUCAGUUCUCCACCUUAAGGGCAGAAAAAAGGAUUGAUCAAAUUCUAUUGAGUCUGACUCAUAGUGAUCAUUUAUCAAAGAAUGACUCUGGUUAUCAAAUGAUUGAACAACGGGAACAAUUUACUUACGAUACUUAGUUGACAUUCAUAAAAAGUAUCUAAUGAAUUAUGAGUUCAAUACAUCCUGUUUAGCAGAAAGACGGAUAUUCCUUGCUCAUUAUCAGACAAUCACUUAUUCACAAACUUCGUGUGGGGCUAAUAGUUUUCAUUUCCCGUCUCAUGGAAAACCCUUUUCGCUCCGCUUAGCCCUAUCCCCCUCUAGGAGUAUUUUAGUGAUAGGUUCUAUAGGAACCGGACGAUCCUAUUUGGUCAAAUACCUAGCGACAAACUCCUAUGUUCCUUUCAUUACAGUAUGUCUGAACAAGUUCCUGGAUAACAAGCCGAAAGGUUUUUUUCUUGAUGAUAUCGAUAUUGAUGAUAGUGACGAUAUUGAUGCUAGUAACGAUAUUGAUCGUGAACUUGAUACGGAGCUGGAGCUUCUAACUAUGAUGAAUGCGCUAACUAUGGAUAUGAUGUCGGAAAUAGACCGAUUUUAUAUCACCCUUCAAUUCGAAUUAGCAAAAGCAAUGUCUCCUUGCAUAAUAUGGAUUCCAAACAUUCAUGAUCUUGAUGUGAAUGAGUCGAAUUACUUAGCCCUCGGUCUCUUGGUGAACUCUCUCUCCAGGGAUUGUGAAAGAUGUUCGACUAGAAAUAGUCUUGUUAUUGCUUCGACUCAUAUUCCCCAAAAAGUGGAUCCCGCUCUAAUAGCCCCGAAUAAAUUAAAUACAUGCAUUAAAAUAAGAAGGCUUCUUAUUCCACAACAACGAAAGCACUUUUUCACUCUUUCCUAUACUAGGGGAUUUCACUUGGAAAAGAAAAUGUUCCAUACUAAUGGAUUCGAGUCCAUAACCAUGGGUUCCAGUGCACGAGAUCUUGUAGCACUUACCAAUGAGGCCUUAUCAAUUAGUAUUACACAGAAGAAAUCAAUUAUA